AUGAACCAUACACCCACAGCAGCUCCUCCAUCGAUGACUGACGUAGUAGAGACUCACGAACUUCCUACAGUGGUUGUCACUCUACCCAUACAUUUGCUCACUUCUAUAUUUAUUGCUGUCUUCAUGAUUAGCAUAAUGUCAACAAAGCAUAUGCAAAGCCGGGUUCAGUGGCUUUUCGGUAUCAGCUGCAUCUUCUUCCUGAUCGCUUCACUGUACGAUGUUGCCAUUGAUGUGGCCUAUUUGGUGAUUUCGAAAAGACCGGUCACUGUUCAAACAUGUUCUGUAAUCAGAAACUUCGUCUACAAUCCCGUCGCUACGCAGACUCUUGUAGACGCUUGUGAUCGUUUUGCACUAGCAUUUUUCAAUUUUGAGAUGUCUCUGAUCUCACCAUUCGACGUGCACCAUGGACCAAUAGUUUACUUCUCUCUAUUCAAUGCUUUGCUUGCUUUCAUACUGUACGUUUGCAUAUGGCGUAAACUACAACGCGAACGCAAGUCAAAGUCUGGGCUAAACGACGAGAAGCAUGAAUAUGAUUCGAAUAAGAUGUGUCCAAAUCGUUAUUACUGGGACCAUCACGUUAUCAGAAUAUUCUUUAUCUGUUGUACAUUGCCACUAUUUUUAGCACUACCGAGUUUGUUAUUUACCAUCAUCACAGACCUGGAACUCUAUGAGAAUCCGGUGGUGAACGUGAUCUGCAUCCUUAUACUCGAUCUCUCCACUCCAAUCACCGUAUUCAUCUACAUCUUCUUCAUAAAGCAUCUACGUCGAGGAUUUGUGGAUUGCAUCUUUUCCGAUGACAUACGGGACAGCCAUCCGUCAAAGCAUAAAAUCGUUUCCGAACAUCUAUAACUUUAUCCUAACUUCGGCUGUAUUACACGUAUGGAUAUUGAGAGAGCAGCAGCAAGCAAAAAGUAACUGCUUCCACGCGCAAUAGAAAGUGAUGAAUCUCAAGUCAUUGUAUGCAUGCAAAGCGUUGUUCUUGCUAAUUUCGAAAGAGACCAAUUAUGUUGCAUAUCGCAAAGUCUUUCGACGAUAUCUAUGCGUAUCUACCCGUAAUAUAUUGUCGACUUCCUCGUAACUAUGCUAUUAGUCUUG